AAAUAAUAUUUAACGGUUUUAUAUAACGGUUAUUUCAUUACCAGUGUAGACUUCUAUAUCGUCGACACUUCUAUAUCGUCGAUUUUUUUUCAAUAUGGAACAUUUAGACACGACAAUUUUAGUUUGUAAAAUUAAUAAUUUAUAUUUAUUCCCUAUUAAUUAAUAAAUUGAGCAUUGUAUGUAUAGUAUUUUGGACCAGAGAUAAACUGCAUAUUUAUUUAUCGAUCAGUUUUACUUUUUUUUUUUCCGAGAAUUAAUCAGCAUAUAAAAAAGAUUAUAAAUAUUCACAUUUGUCCACUAGAAGGCGCUGUUGUAAGCAGAUGGCCGUGAAUAUUUCCCUCUCGAUCAUCAACGAUGCAGAGGAGGGUAGCAGCCAGCAAAAUGUCCUUUCUCCACAAGCUGCACCAAUACAGGGUACAGAAGCUAACACCACAGACAUGGUCACUCUGCGGAGGAGGACUGUGAAAGUGGCAUUCAUGGUCAACCUCGUCAUUAUUCUCGCCCUCCUCGGUGGAGUCAUUAUCACUGGAUAUAGAUUAAAGGAAGUGAUUGAUCAGCUUAACACAGAUGUUUAUAAGGACUUCUCAGAUCUGUCGAGAAAAGAGGGCAUUGUUCCAGAAGAAGUGUGGAGUUGGAUCGUAGCAGCUAAAGCUGAUAUGAAUCUUAACCCACAUUCGGCUCACUAUCUUCUCGAAGUAAGCAGCGAUGGUAAAAGUCUCUACCAAGCGUCUUUAGACAGUCCUCCCAGAGUCCCUACGAUUGAGACAUACCUACUGUGUAUCUGUGUUUCAUCUAAGAACCAGCUGAACUCCAGGGUUUACUUUGAGCUGAUGGUGACACAGCGUGUUCCGUGGACUCUGGGGCUGCGUACCGAGUCUUUCAAUGCAGACAUAAGCCCUGAUACAGAUCCUGAUGCUGGCAUCUGGACGAUUGCCUCAGCAGAGGGUAAAAUAAUAAUCAAUGAUGGUAAUGCCAGUCCCACACUGCACGUCAUCCCGGCUAUGCUUGGACUGUAUUUGGACUACGCAAGAGGUCAAGUGUCCUUCUACGAUUCAGUGGCUAAACGUCACAUACACACUUAUCUUACCACCUUUAAUGAAAAACUUCGUUUCUAUGCAGCUGUUCACGUUGAUAUGCAGGAGAGCCACGGCAUACUCAUUUCAUUUGUUUAAUUCCUUUUGUUUCAUUUGUUUUGGUGCACUAUUCAUGAACUUUUAUAGUAAAUCAAAGCUGCUUUACU